GUUUAUUUGACCACAUCGUCUGUCGUUUGCUGCCGGUUCGAAGUGGCCCUUAACAAAGUCUUCCGACUGGUGUUACAUCAACUAUGACAACGAUGUCAGCCUCCAUAAAAGAAAAAAUUUCGUCAACGAGGGUAAGUUCUGUCCUCAACCGAGAUGUGAAGCAGUUUGGCAAGAAAUAUCUGUUUGAUGGUGAUGAUGAGACAUGCUGGAACUCAGACCAGGGCUCACCUCAAUGGAUCCAAGUUGAAUUCAAAGUUCCUGUCAUAAUUCAGGAGUUGCAUCUUCAAUUUCAAGGAGGUUUUGCUGGUAAAGAUUGUAUAAUCGAAGGUGCUCAAUCUGGUGAAGAAUUGACGAAAUUGGCCGAUUUCUACCCCGAGGAUGUGAAUAAGACUCAAAUAUUUUCAGUGGAGAAGGAAACGUCUGUAUCUUUACUUAGGAUAACAUUUAAUAAUAGUACAGACUUUUUUGGUCGGAUAACAGUCUACAAGUUGGAUAUUGUUGGGUCCUCGACAAGCUGACCGAAUUAUUUUAUUCCUUGUAAAUUCCUCUGCAUAGU